AUGGAUACAGCUGAACAAAGUAAAGGCGAGUACGCUCUUACCAGGGAUACAGAGAACCCACUAUUGGGAAAAUUUGACAAGCCACUACCAUGUUAUGGCUGUGGAAUUGGUUGGUUCUCCCUUCUACUAGGAUUUGUCUGCCCAUUAAUGUGGUAUUAUGCUACAAUUCUGUACUUUGGAAAUUACUAUCAUAGGGACCCGAGAGAGCGGGCUGGGCUUGCUGCUUCUGCAAUUGCUGCUCUAAUUUUCACACUUGCUGUUGUGAUAACAGUAGCUGUUAUUCCUGAUGAACCCACGAUCAAGCUCUUGUGGUCGCUUUUGAUCAUCAAGAAAGUAGACAAGGAUGAUGUCAUGUAA